CUCCCCUUCUUCCCCCCUUGUUUCCCAGAGUCCUCUGCGCGGUGAAGAAGCGUUGGUCGCGGGCUGGAGGCAUUUUGUGUCCUGGAUAUCAGCAGCGAAAGAGAGCGAGAGAUAGACAAGAUGGCGGCGGCCGAGUGAAGCGCCAGACCGCGGUGGCGGCUGGACCCACUCGGACUGUUACUCUCCGGCCCGACCCAGAGGGCUGUCUCCCCUCAGAGGGCAACGGGUGCGCUGACAGCCAGGGAAACGCCUAGGACGUCUGCCUUGAGAAGGGCCUGGUGUGAGCGGAGCUGCGGCGACCGGAGUCCUUCCCCUUCCUCCCUUCCCCCCCUCCCCCUCUCCUAUUCUGGAUCGUGGCAGAACAGGGGCUCCCUGAGGGAAAGCCUCGGCAGGCUUGCGGCGUGUGAAUAGCCCCUCCCUUCCCACCCCUCACCCACCAUGGCGAGCAGCAGUGGCUCCAAGGCCGAGUUCAUCGUCGGGGGCAAAUACAAGCUAGUGCGGAAGAUCGGCUCGGGCUCUUUCGGGGAUAUAUACCUGGCCAUCAAUAUCACCAACGGGGAGGAAGUGGCUGUGAAGUUGGAGUCACAGAAGGCCAGGCAUCCCCAGCUGCUAUAUGAAAGCAAACUGUACAAGAUUCUGCAAGGGGGAGUUGGCAUCCCUCACAUACGGUGGUAUGGUCAAGAGAAAGAUUACAACGUUCUAGUCAUGGAUCUUCUUGGACCCAGUCUUGAAGAUCUCUUCAACUUCUGUUCUCGCAGAUUCACAAUGAAAACAGUACUUAUGUUAGCAGACCAGAUGAUAAGUAGAAUUGAAUAUGUGCAUACAAAGAAUUUUAUACACAGAGACAUUAAACCAGAUAACUUCCUAAUGGGUAUCGGGCGUCACUGUAAUAAGUGUUUAGAAUCUCCAGUGGGGAAGAGGAAAAGAAGCAUGACUGUUAGUACUUCUCAGGACCCAUCUUUCUCAGGAUUAAACCAGUUAUUCCUUAUUGACUUUGGUUUGGCCAAAAAAUACCGAGACAACAGGACAAGGCAACACAUACCAUAUAGAGAAGACAAAAAUCUCACUGGUACAGCUAGAUAUGCCAGCAUCAAUGCACAUCUUGGCAUUGAACAGAGUCGUCGUGAUGAUAUGGAGUCACUAGGAUAUGUAUUGAUGUACUUUAACAGAACCAGCCUGCCAUGGCAAGGAUUAAAGGCUGCAACAAAGAAGCAGAAGUAUGAAAAGAUUAGUGAAAAGAAGAUGUCCACUCCUGUUGAAGUUUUGUGUAAGGGAUUUCCUGCAGAAUUUGCAAUGUACCUGAACUACUGUCGUGGACUGCGCUUUGAAGAAGCUCCUGAUUACAUGUAUCUGCGACAAUUGUUUCGUAUUCUUUUCAGGACUUUGAAUCACCAGUAUGACUACACAUUUGACUGGACAAUGUUAAAGCAGAAAGCAGCACAGCAGGCAGCCUCUUCCAGUGGGCAGGGGCAGCAAGCCCAAACCCCCACAGGCAAGCAAACUGACAAAUCCAAGAGUAACAUGAAAGGGGAAUCUAUCAUCAACAUAAAGGAUUCUGGAAACUAACCACCUUCGAGAUCACCAUCCUGUUCUACAGUUUCAGAGUUAUCUGUCCAGAAUAGUGUUUCAGUCACAUCAUGUACAUCAUACAUCCACAGUAUAUAAAAGAAAGAAAAAACUGACCAUUCAGGAACCACCAUAGAUAAGUUUGUGAUAAAAACCAGCAGACUAGAAAAAGAGUUAAUUGAUGAAAAGAAUUGCCCAGUUUGUUUACGCGAUAAACUCUUCUUUCCGUCUGAUUGAAAACCCACACCUCAUUAAUAUGGUUCAGUUGCUGAGACCAGGCUACAGUCUACCCAGCAGAGCAGAUGUUGCAGGGAAACUGCUAGAUAAAGUGUAUGACAGAGAAAUGGACCACUGUGCAACAGCUCUAAAAUUGUUAACCCAAGUCUUGAUGGGUGGAGUAAUGUCCACAAUGAUCCUGUUGUAUGUGCUUGUAUAACAACAGAAGAAAGGAAUGUCUUCCUUGCAGAAACAAUUGAUACGUCAGGAAAUGCACACACAGCAGAAUACUUACAAGAAGUGGCGGCUAUAAUAACACGUGAACAAAAAUUCAAAUGUCUAGUACGCAGUUUAGUCAUGGACAAUGCUGCAAAUGUAUCCAAGAUGAGAAGUAAUUUAGAAGAGCAGGAAGGGAAUACAAAGCUAAGCAGUGCUCAUUUGCUGCACCUCCUAGCCAAAGACUUCAGUGUUCCAGAAAUAAAAUGUCAUUGAAAUUGCUAAAUACUUCCGUAACAAUCAUUUUUCAGCAGUAGCUCUGAAAAUAAUGGGUGGAACUAAGCUAAUGCUCCCACACGUUAGAUGGAACUCUAUAGUGGGCUGUUUCGAGCAGCAUAUCAAGAACUGGCCUAUUCUGAUGACUGUGUGUGAACAAAAUUGAGAGAAAAUAGAUGGCAGUGUCACUGCCAAAAUCCUCAACGUUGGGCUUAAGAGAAAUGUUGAACAUAUGCUGAGCAUCCUGAAACCCAUUUCUGAAGCUUUAAACCGAAUACAAAAAAAUACAUGUUUUAUUGCUGAUGGUGUUGAAAUUUGGAAGGAACUGAGUGAGCACUUAAAGACAGAAUUGCACACUGACAGAAUUAAAUUACAAGCAUUAAAAAACUGAAUGGGACAAUCACAAUCUGCAGCUCAUUUUCUCGCAAAUAUUAUCAAUAUCUGGUACCAGGGUCAAACCUUAAGUGCUGAGGAAGACAAGUUAGCUAUGGCAUGGGUAUCCAGCAAUCAUCCAUCUGUAAUGCCAGCUAUAACAAAUGUCAGAGCUAAGGGGGAACCAUUCAAGAAAUACGUUUGCUGAUGAUGUUUUAAUGAAAGACACGCCAGUGAACUGUGGAAGUCACUUAAGCACUUGGAUUUUAAAGAUGGUUGAAGUAAUGAUUUCACCUUUAACAGCAGUAGCUGCUUCUGCUGGCGUAGAAAGAUUUCCUUUGGACUCAUUCAUUCUAAAUUGAUUGUUUUGAGACUCGAUAAAGCAGGAAAGCUUGUUUUUCUUUUCCAGAUUAUGAACAAAAAGAUAGAGCUACAGAGGACAGUAUUUUUAAGUUUUUCAUGUGUGGUCCUAAGGUUUUUUUUAAAAGAUACUUUGUUUAAUCACAGUUAACAAACAUGGAUGUUUAAGCAAAUACAAGAAUACAUAUGCUAUGUUAUUUUUAUAGCUAAAACUAUUUAAAUUGUUAAUAUUAAGGUAACAAUUAUUUUUCUUCCUCUAAUAAAGUACAGCAGAAAAGUUGUCCAAAUAUGAAUGAUUAACCUAUUAAACUGAAGAUAGAAAAUUAUGAAAUUAUUGCAAGGUGAACUGUCUAUGAUGUGUUUCUAAUACUAUAAC